CUAGCUUUUCUCUGUUAGUUUUAGCAACCGAAAAUGGCGGGUUCAGAAAAGGCAAUAGAAGAAUAUUUGAAGCAAAGAAAUAUUACAAAGGAAAAGGACGUAGAACAACUGUAUCUGGCAAACAAGGGACUAGAUGAGGUAGUAGAUUUGGGAAAAUAUAAAUUUCUGAGGACUCUUUGGUUGAAUGGAAACAGGUUGAGACGAGUAAAUUUUUUAAACAACAACUUUCACAUAGCAGAACUGCAUUUACAAGACAACCAGUUGGUGGAGAUAACGGGGGCUUUGGGUCACCUGACCUGUUUACGUGUUCUGAUGCUACAGAAUAACCAGCUAACAAAGCUGGAGAAAGUUGUUAGAGAGUUCCAGAAAAUGCUAACACCUCACACACUUAAUUUAUUUAACAAUCCUGUGGCACAGGAGCCAGAUUACAGAAUCUUUGUCAUAAACUCAAUCCCCUCCAUACAGCUUCUAGACAGACAAGAGGUUAGUAAGAAGGAGAGAGAUACAGCCAGGAAAAUUUACGAUCAGGAGCAGGAGAAAAUCCGGGAGACAGUGGCAUUUGGGCGGAGAUCUGAGGGUCCUCCCAUGAUAUACCAUCCCAGUAGUGAUAAAGUCAACAGAUUAACCCUCGAUCCUACAGAAUAUGGGAACAGCUUUAUUAGAGAUAAUCCUCCUUAUGAAACACUAGAAGAUGCAAUAAACGCUCGUCGUAGGAAGAAAUCGGUCACACUUUACACUUCAUUUGAUUGGUCUAAACUUCCUCUUUAUGAACAACGUCGACAGAGUGAUACACCUUUCGAUUCUCCAGAGAUCAUUACCCAUGUAUACCGUUGAUAAUUAUAUCUGUCCAACCAAAUCCUGAACAAUUUAAUAUAUUUUAUUGUCUUUUAAUUUAUUGACAACUGGACACAGUGAUUGAUUUUGCCAAUACAAAUUAUUAAUAUUUUUUUACAGUAUAAAUUGAUACUCUGUGUUGGAUCUGUGUU